AUGGAGGAGCCAUCAGAGAAAGUCGACCCAGUUGAAGACCCAGAAACUCCUCAGAUAAAAGAUGAAGAGGACUCGUCCUGUGAUUCAGAAGUCCUAGAACCAGAAACACUAGUAAAGGUCAUGAAAAAGCUAAACCUCAAUCCCAGUGCCAAGGGGCCAGCCCGUCGUCGUCGUCGCAGGCUCCGUCACCUGAUUGAGAGCAGACCUGUGGAGAACAAAAGUGAACAAAUCUUGAGGGAGGUUCAAAGCGCCUUUCCCAAGAGAAGGGUCCGCACAUUGCUGUCCGUGCUACAAAAUCCUAUAGCAAAGAUGAAGAGAUUUGCUCGGAUUGAGCAAAGACAAAAAAGGCUUGAAGGCAAUGAGUACAAAGGGAGCAGUGAGCCAUUCAGAUGUCUCUGCACUUUCUGCCACUACCAAGGAUGGGAUCCUUCUGAGAAUGCUAAAAUCGGGAAGAAUUAG